AUGCUAGAUAUUUCAAACUCAGACUUCGAUGUCAACAUUCUUGACGGGGCCUUAGAAAAUCCCACCAUCCCUUUGACAUUUCCGUUACCUACCGACAAAGAUACGUACGUGGAAUUGGAAGGUAAUGAGAAACUAAGCAAGAGUUUCGGAUUCCUAAAUAACUUCUUUCACUUUUUCACAGGGACCAAGUUCGAUGACAUUUACAAGAACAAUGAAUAUCAUUAUUCGAUCAAUAAAUACACUCCUCAAUUCAACAAGAAGAUGAACGACCACAUGAACGAGAUGUUAACUACGAAAGAUCCAAAAUUGAACGAGUUGGUAUAUUCAUUGAUAGACCAAGAGUUGAAAUUGAAUCUUAUCAAGGCCAAAGACCUUCCCACUAGGUUUAAAGAGGUUAAGGAAUUCAUGAUCAAGUAUUACCAGUUGGAAAACUCGAAGACAAUGCCAAGUUUCAAGUCUCAUAAUUUCCUUAGAGUCUGCUAUGUCACAAUUAUGUCUAUUAUGCGUAAGAUGUUUCCAAAGGGGAUCUGGUGUAACAAGACGCAAAUGAGUGAGUUAUAUGCGAAAUACUUAAAGGAUCCUAUGUCUAUCAUUUUUUUCCCCAAUCAUCAAUCACAUGUCGAUUACAUUAUUCUUCAUUUGGUAUGCGUUAGAUUUCAGUUCUCUACACCUACUGUUAUUGCUGGCGAAAAUUUGAAUGUGGCUAUCUUUGGGACGUUUUUAAGAAAUUUGGGGGCUAUUUUUAUAAAGAGAUCCUUCAAUAAUGAAUUGUACACGGAAAGAAAUUUGACGAAUUUGAUCGAAUUCAUAUUGUUGAACAAAAUAAAUUUUGAGGUGUUUAUUGAAGGUACAAGAUCCAGAGAUGGGAAGUUAUUAUUGCCAAAAUACGGUAUCUUGAAGUAUUUAUGCAGCAUAUACCUAACACAGAGAGAAGUGGAAAAAAAUAAAAAUUUUGAUAUGCUUUUCCAGCCAAUUUCUAUUACAUAUGAGAGAAUCUAUGAGGCAGAUGGAUACUUAGACGAGUUGCUUGGUAGUGACAAGAAGCAAGAAAGUAUGACGAACAUUCUUAAGAAUGGUGUGAGCUCCUUAUUUUCGAAUCCAGAAAAUGAUUUCAAAAACUUCCCUAGUACGAAACAGCACAGGGAGGGGAAUUACGACAACUCCACCAGAAAGUUGAACGGGAAGAUAUUUGUUAAAUUGGGCGAUUCAUUCACUUUAUCCAGUUUCAUUGAGGAAGACAAAGAUGAUGAAGCUCAUUUAGUCGAGUCUAUGGUCGAAAUACCCGAUUCACCCGUUAAUUUGAAAAAAUUAGGAUUCAAAAUUUUACAUGAAAUCAACAGGGUUGCAUAUUUACCUGAGAUCGCAAUUAUAGGUACGGCCCUCCAGGCUUAUCAUUAUUUACAUGGAAGUACUGAGUUUCCAAUCAAUGACUUAGUUUCUUCUAUGAGAUUGAUUAUCGAGGUAUUGAAAAGACAGGAAGAACUCGACAAUAUCAAUACGAAUGUGAAAUUAUUAGAGGGCUUACUCAAGAGCUCCGAUGAUGAACUCGCCACUAUGAUUAAGGACCAAGUUCCCCAAUUCUUCCGCUUCAUCAAAAUCAACUUCAACAAGAACACUAUCAAAAUUGAAAAUGCCGUUGAGUUGUUGUUCUACAAGAAUCUCACGAUUCACCUUGUUAUCCACAAGAGCUUAGUGUGUUUUAUAAUUGCACUGCUUGGCCAGGCCAAUCCAAAUAUUGCGACUGAUGCCUAUAUACGAUCGCUAUAUUACAUAUUCACUGGGUUUUUGAAAAACGAGUUUUUAUUUGACUACGACUACAACAAAUCCAACGACUUAUCCAAUAUCUUGAGCGAAUUGGUGCAAUGUGGGACGAUCAAUCGCACCUCCACUCACUACGAAAUCGUGGACCACAAACAUAUGAGCAUUUUUGCCGAAGUGGUUAAGCCUUUUAUCGAAUCGUACAUGAUAUGUAUCAACGCCAUCAACAUCAUUGAUAACCAGGUUAAGAAGAAACUGACUCAUAUCACCGACGAGCAAUUGAUCAAUGACGAUCUUAUUAGCAAAGACUUCCCCACCACCAAGUCGCUCUUGCGAAUCAUCCAGUCAUCGAAGUUUCAACAAAAGCACAUGGAAUCCAUCAACAAACAGUACUUGUUGUCGUGUCUCUUCUAUCUCGACAAUCUCCAACUCAUUCGCAUCUUCAAGAACAAGGCCAAAACCAGGGCGUUUGUGGUGACGCAGAGACUGAAGGACUUGCGGUUUAUUCUCCGUCUUCUUGACACGUUGCUCAACAACCCAACCGACGAAGUUUUGAACGAUACCAACUUGCUCUAUAUGACAGACAUUAUUGACAAGACGUUUGAACGUAGUCUCAAAGCUAAGCUCUAA